AUGGCCGCUCAGUCAACGCUUCAGCAUCGAGAGGAUCCGCUGGUGGUACUAUACAACUAUUAUGUCAACCUUACUCGUGCUCGGAUAAAGCGCUCAUCGAAAGCCGCCAAAAUCGUUGCCACAAUCGCCCUGCUCCUCUCCAUCAGGAGAAAGGAACACGCACAGGGGAGGCGGCUACUCCGUCGUAAUUCGGGGAUUCGUGGGAAGGAUGGAACGCGAACGAUCUACGUGCCUUACAAGGGAUCCAUGACCUCCAAGGUCAAAAUCUACCCUACCAAACCCACGACGUUUGACGCGCACCGACGGCUAUUCCUCAAUCCUCCUGCUGCCGCCCGGGUAGGGGACGGGGCGCCGACCAGCCAAACCCCACCACCGAUGACGAAGCCAGGCUUGAACCUCGCUUUUCUGCAUCAGUUUCUGAGUCUGGGGAGCAUCAUGGUGCCCAGAUGGAGCAGCAAGGAGACCGGUCUCUUGAUGGGUCAUGGUGUCUUUCUGCUGCUACGGACGUAUCUGUCUCUGCUGAUUGCACGCCUUGACGGUGAAAUCGUGCGAGAUCUCGUCGCCGGUAAGGGCCGGGCCUUUGCUUGGGGCAUUGUGAAGUGGUGCGGCAUCGGAACGCUUGCAUCAUACACCAAUGCCAUGAUCAAAUUCCUCCAGUCAAAGGUGUCUAUUGCGUUCCGCACUCGACUGACGCGGUAUAUUCAUGAUCUUUACCUUACGAACGAUAACAAUUACUACAAACUGAUGAACCUGGACGGCAGCAUUGGACAAGGGGCGGAUCAGUUCAUCACACAAGACCUUACUCAAUUCUGCUCUGCGGCAGCAUCCCUCUACUCCUCAAUGGGAAAGCCAAUGGUGGACUUGUUCGUCUUCAACUACCAGCUUUAUCGAUCCCUGGGACCGUUAGCUCUUACUGGAAUUCUCACUGGUUAUUUCAGCACGGCAGCAGUCCUCAGGAGGCUGUCUCCUCCUUUUGGGAAAUUGAAAGCGGUUGAAGGGAAGAAGGAGGGAGACUUCCGCAGCCUGCACUCCAGACUUCUCGCCAAUGCAGAGGAGAUUUCGUUCUACGGUGGCGCGGACAUUGAACGCGUUUUCCUGGCACGAAGCUUCAAAGACCUCCAGCGAUGGAUGGAGGGGAUAUAUAGUCUGAAGAUUAGGUACAAUAUGCUUGAAGACGUGAUCUUGAAGUAUGCCUGGUCUGCUUUUGGGUACCUCGUCACAUCUCUGCCGAUCUUCCUCCCUGAAUGGGGCGGCUCCGGCGGCACCCUUGAGUUGCUGGACCUACCGGAAGGUACCGGUCGUGAGCGUGACCGUAUGAAAGAAUUCAUCACGAACAAACGCUUGAUGCUGUCGUUGGCGGACGCGGGCGGCCGUAUGAUGUAUAGCAUCAAGGACAUUUCGGAGUUGGCCGGCUACACAUCGAGAGUUUACAGCCUCAUCUCCACCCUCCACAGAGUCCAUGCCAAUGCAUACUACCCCCCGCGUGAUUCUGGCGCAGAACUUUACUCCUUGGCGGAUGUUCAGGGAACGAUUCACAAUGGCUUCGACGGCGUGCGUCUCGAGCAAGUUCCAAUCGUCGCGCCAUCGCUCUAUCCCCGCGGCGGCGACGAGCUCCUGGAGUCGUUGUCGUUUGUCGUGCACUCUGGAGACCACCUGCUGAUUUCCGGACCCAAUGGCGUUGGCAAGUCUGCCAUUGCCCGGGUUGCAGCCGGCGUUUGGCCCGUGUAUCGUGGCUUGGUCAGCCGGCCACGGGGCUUUGGGCUCGAUGGCAUCAUGUUCCUGCCCCAACGGCCAUAUCUGAGCGUGGGAACGCUGCGGGAUCAGGUCAUCUAUCCCCAUACGGAAAUUGACAUGCGCGAAGCCGGAGUUUCCGAUGCUGCGCUGCAGAGAAUUCUGGAUGAUGCCCAUCUGGGCUAUCUUCCUUCGCGGGAGGGCGGAUGGGACUCUCGGAAGGAGUGGAAGGAUGUUUUGAGCGGCGGGGAGAAACAGCGCAUGGCCCUGGCCCGCAUCUACUAUCACGAGCCUCGGUACGCUUUUCUCGACGAGGGAACCUCUGCCGUCUCGUCCGACGUGGAAGGAUUGCUGUAUGACCGAGCCAAGGAGCGAGGAAUCACUGUGAUUACGAUCUCCACGCGCGCAUCGUUGAAGAAGUACCACACCUACAGCUUGAACAUCAGCAUUGGGGCUGAAGGUGAACAGUGGGAGCUGGAACGGAUCGGCACGGCCAAGGAGAAGCUGGGGGUGGAGAAGGAGAUCCAAGAGAUUCGCAAGCGACUGGACAAGGUAGAGGAGUGGAAACGGCGGCGCAAGGAGAUUGAGGAGGAGUUACGCCGGGUUUGGGUGGAAGAGGGCGAACUCGCUCCCCCGCCUUAUGAGACAGAUUCUGAGGUUGUGGAAGUCAUCCCCAUCGAUCGGACGUAUAGCGAUGGGGAUCGCGCUGGGUGGCCCACGGACGCGAUGUUCGACAUGCCCGACGAUAGCUUCUACCGCCGCAAGAUCGCUCGCUUGUGGGUGCAGAAGGUCGGCACUUAUAGACCGGGCAAGGACUACAUUCUGGAUACUUUACCCGAUGGAUUCGCCAUAUUCGACAGACCCCGAGGGACAGACCCUGACAUCCCCGAUAUCGUAGACAGCGAAGGCACGCCCGACGUGUUCAAGACGGCCGUGCUCGAACUUUACCGGACCAAGGGCGAGGUAGACAUCAGGAUCAGGGAGCCCAGCAGCAUGGACUGGCGCGCCGAGCGGGCCCCGCUGCACGAGUACCUGGAGAAACUGACCCUGCUGCCCUCGUUCGUCCCGCGCGCCGGCGAGCUCGUGCUGUGGACGACAGAAUAUCAGGGCAAGCUCGCCUGGAACCCCGAGGCGGGUCAGGUGCAGAUCUACCGGCACAAGCGGUGGCACGGGGCGCCGGAGUGGCGGGCGGGCGUCUGUCUCCGGCCGUUCGGCGCCUACGAGCACUUCUUGCAGGGCAUCCCGCCCGACCAGCUGCAUCCGUCUAUCGCCAAUGCCAUGACCGUCAUGGCCUCGUUCAGCCUGCUGGAAAAGUACCGCUUCCACGGAACGUGGCCCGACGCGGCGAUCUACUGUCGCGGGAUCUUCAUUGGAGCGGAGCUUCUGGUGGUUGGCGACGCCGUCCGUCUGAAACCGCCCGCCACGGCUGCCGCAGGCGCUCCUACUGCCGCAGCGGACCAUGAGGUGCUGGUCAUGGUCAUCCAGGAGGUCCGGCUGGAGCUACGGGGAUGCGACCCGGACCCGCGGUCCAAGCAGCUGGCGGAGACCUAUCAGGUGCGCAUCCAGGGCAAAGUGUACACGACGAGCCGCGCACGAGCGCUGCAGUCUCACACACAACACCAACCACCACACCCACUAACCGCAGACGAGAUCGCCAGCGCCUUCCACUACGUCGGCAUGAGCGGGUACGGCGACUGGUACGCGCUGCACGUGGCCAGUGUGUCGCAGGACAUGGUGCUCGGCCGGUGCUAUGAGCCCGACGCGAUGCAGCUGCUGUUCCGGUCGUUGGGGCUGCACCACGAUCUCGCCGGCGUGCUGCGCGGCCGGGAGUAUUCGCGGCAGACGGACGAGCGCAUCCGGCCGGGCCAGCGCUGGUUCUGGGGCGACUUCCGCACGCAGACGCUGGCGCUGGACCUGCUGAACGGCGAGGACGUCGGGCAUUAUAGCGAUGUGCGCGACGUCAAGAUGUGGCGCGCCAAUCUGCGGGUCAUCGAUGGGGUAGCCAAGGCGGCGGAUUUCCGCGACGCCAGGAUUCCGGGCGAUGUCGGCCGGCCGUCAACGAAGACUGCCUCGAACUUUGCGAAGGUGGGCAAGCUCAGUAAGCUGGUGAGUACGGGGCUGGGCGCGGGGGACGGAAGUGCGGUGGGGAGUUCGGCGGAGGAUGGGGGGACGAGUCAGAUGGAGGCGGAGAGUGAGGAGGACGAGGAGGAGGAGGAGGACGAGGACGAGGACGAGGACGAGGCAGAGGAGUUCAUGCUGAGGAUUGAUCAGUUACGAGGGGGCACCGAGGAGACGGAAGGAGGGGACUACGAACCCGAGGAAGAGGAAAAGCCUCAGCACAAGCGCGUGCGCACGAUGCAGGGUCGAUAA